UUUUUGUGUUCUGUCUUUCUUGGUGGUGUGAUAAAGAAUAAAGAGAGCCAGUCGAGGGUAAAACGAAAGGCCACCAUUUUCAAUCUUUCCACAAUAAUGGCGGCUACUAGAGUGUUAACUGCAGCGACGGCCGUGACCCAAACCACCUCCUGUUUCCUCGCCAAGCAAGCUUUCACUCUUCCGGCGAAGAAAUCCUGCGGCGGAUUUGGUGGUCUCUGCUUCAGCAGAAGAGCUUUGGUGUUGAAAUCUAAGAGACCUUUCUCCUGCAGUGCCAUUUACAAUCCUCAGGUUAAGGUUCAAGAAGAAGGUCCGGCCGAAUCCCUAGAUUAUCGAGUUUUCUUCCUCGAUGGUUCUGGAAAGAAGGUUUCUCCAUGGCAUGAUAUACCAUUGACCUUAGGCGAUGGAGUUUUCAACUUUAUAGUUGAAAUACCUAAAGAGUCAAAAGCAAAAAUGGAGGUUGCUACUGAUGAAGAUUUCACUCCUAUUAAGCAGGAUACUAAGAAGGGGAAGCUCAGAUAUUAUCCGUAUAACAUUAACUGGAACUAUGGGUUGCUUCCUCAAACAUGGGAAGAUCCAUCUCAUGCAAAUUCUGAAGUUGAAGGAUGUUUUGGGGAUAAUGAUCCAGUUGAUGUUGUUGAGAUUGGUGAAACACAAAGGAAGAUAGGCGAUAUUCUAAAGAUAAAGCCUUUAGCUGCUUUAGCUAUGAUUGAUGAAGGUGAGCUAGACUGGAAGAUUGUUGCCAUUUCUUUGGAUGACCCAAAAGCUCAUCUUGUGAAUGAUGUUGAAGAUGUUGAGAAACAUUUCCCGGGUACACUAACAGCCAUUAGAGACUGGUUUAGAGACUACAAGAUCCCAGAUGGAAAGCCUGCUAACAGAUUUGGUCUUGGAGACAAACCAGCAAACAAAGACUAUGCUUUGAAGAUCAUCCAAGAAACAAAUGAAUCAUGGGCUAAACUUGUGAAGAGAUCAGUUGAUGCUGGAGACCUUUCACUUUACUGAACAUAUUUUGCAAUGUCGACUUAUGAGGUCGAAUAAUGAAUAGACUCAAGAUUCCUAUAUCAUUCUUGUUGUUUCCUUUCAAUUGAGAUGUAAACAUUGGGAUUUGGAUUUUGUUUUUCACCAUUGAUGACUGAGAAGUAAUAAAAUGACUUUCUGCUUUGGAAAUAUUUAAAUGGAAUAUG